AUGGCUGUAAUAACAGAAGCUGCGAAUUGGAUCUCAGACAGACUUUCGAAAUCAGAUGCCCUCAGAUCAGCGAAGUCAAAUUGCACUCAGGAAAUUGAAAACCGGAUAGAUACAUUGUACCCCAUUGCUGAGAAGUAUGAUCGAUCCCUCCGAACCAAUAGGCCUGUCACUGAUGAUGUGCUAAAUGGCAGUUUAGAGCAUGCUGCAACAGAUCUAUGGAACUCAACGGAAAUAGCUAUUAAAGUAGAAAGCGAUAAUGAGAGCGGAUACUUGCUUUGUCGUUGCAAGAUGUUUGCAUCUAUUUUACUAUCGAUGUAUGAAGCCUUGCGUCCAUCUAAUGAAAGGAAAACCAUGACGUUAAAAUGCUACCUGGUAAUCUUUAAGCUAAUCAUAGAUCGAAAUUGGAUCCAGUUGAAGAAAAAUGUGCAAGAACAUAUGGACGAUGCAUUGAAAAGUUUAGUUGCUGCCGUUGACCCAACAAGUAAUGCAAAUACCGCUAUUGUCAAAAGGCUCCAAUUCGAGUACUUUCUCACAAAUUUCCAGAGCUCUGCGAAGGAGGGUGAUCUAGAAACCGCUCGAAUAUUCAGCUCGAAGGCAGAUAUUAAGAACUCUUAUGAAUCACUUGAUGCCAGUACUAUCCUAGAGCUUUGCCGCAUAAUAUACAAUGCUGCAACCUUGCUGAAGGACUCAGCGGAUGGUAUUUGCAGGAUCAAUGCCAUUUCACUUUUACGGGAUGUUCAAGAUUACAUGGAUCUUCCUGUUACUGGCCUUAACUCACGCAGCGAGUUUAGUAGUCUCAGGUACAGCUCUUUAUUACUUCUCACGAGUUGCUUAAUUGAAUCAGACCCUCAAGAGUGCAGAAAGUACUUGGAAUUAGUGCAGAACUUGUAUCCAAGAAAAGUCGACCCUUUCGUUCUGGGUAUCCGAUAUUGCAGGAAAAAUGUUGGGGACAAUUGUGAUAGUGCAAUUGAGGAUGUCUUGAUGAAAAUGAUAAUGUCUGUGGAUAUUGCUUCCUCUUUUGAUGCCAUCGUAAGCACGAUCAAUGAUUUUGCCGCGACAAGCCCAAAGAAAGCCGCCAAUGCCCUGGACUACAUCUUUUUGAAUAAGUUGAAUCCGCAGAAUAACCAACAAUGCCUAGAAAAGAUAGCAGUUUCGAGAUUCUUUUUAACAACCCAGGCCAAAAAAAUGACGAUCCUUGAGAUUAUUGAGAGCCUUGAAGAUUUCUCAGGUUCUUUCGAGCGACGCUUUAAGUGCCAAAUCUCAAAGACCACAAUGAGUAGCAUCAUCACUUUACUCUGGAAUUCUGGUAAGAAGCUUGAAAAGAAUGGCAAUUACCACGAAAGCAUAAGAUUCUUCAAGCUUGCAUUAAAAGAUGUUCUGAGUCAAAACUAUGAGGAUAAGGCUAAACUCCAGAGAGCAUUACAAAAUGCUUACCUUAUGACCGAGGAUUACAUUGAAGCAGAAAAGGUUUAUGAAUCGAUGGAUUCCCGUGAUAAGACCUCACCUUUAACCCAGUUGAUGUUGCUAAGGAUCUGUAUUCAUCGUCGAGGUGAGCAUGCUGCUUUAGAAUGUUUAAACAACAUCAGGAACUCCGAACAAGAGAAUGCUGUGGAUGUUCUCAUCUUGGCAGCUACAGAGUGCAAAAGAUCUACACAAUUGGCUGUCAGGGCUAUGUCAUUGCUUUUCGAGGCUAUGGAGAGUAGACAGGCGACCCGAGAGAUUUCAUCGAAUUGGUGCUUUCCAACUAUGUCUCUCCUCAGAUAUACUUUACAAAUGAUUAUGAAAAUGGCCGAGGAUGAUCGGCAACAGAUUUUUACCCAUUACUCCACUACUGUCAAAAGUCUUUUGAAUAAUGGUGUUGAAUUUUUGACCAGAAGUAAAGUACUAGGAUCCCUCACUUGUAGAUCGGAGAAAAGCCCUAUGUCUCAGGGCUCAAUUUCAGUGCAUGAAAUUGAAUGGUUCGCAGCCACCUCGUACAACAUAGCUCUUCAAUGUCAAAAGUACAAUAUGGAACCACACCAAUCAGAUUUUGCCUCCCUUUCCCUUCGGUAUAUCGAAAUGAUACCAUUUCAACAAUUCACCGCGUCAAAGGCAGCUCACUAUAUGUUCUGGAAAUAUAGAGCAUCUAUUCUGUGCAUCAUAUCAAAGAAAAUUACUUUUGCAUCAGGAAAUGAUGUUGCUUUGCGUGACUUACAGAAACAUAGCUUUUGUCUAGUGGAUGAGAUUGCACGUACUACGAAAGACCAAGCUCUUUUGAAUGGGUGCACACAAGAGCAGGUAGAAUUGUUUAACGAAUGCUACUUGGAUGCAUUGAUGUCGGCGUAUGAAGUUGCUUUGCAUACGAGAGACCAAACAAAAAUUACAGAAGUUCUAAGAUUAACCGCCAAUUCCCUAACUGCACAAAUUGAAAUCCUGCUAAUAGAUACAGCAACUUCUAGUGCCGAAUUACCCAGUGGCAUGCUGGCUGAAAUUAUGGAAGCCAUAAUCGAAAGAAACAUCGGUAACACCAACCUCGAGGAUUAUUUGCUAUGUUCCUGGCUAAGGAAACUGAUCGAUGCUUCAUUUAAUACAGAAAAAAACUGCUUAAAGAAUCUUGCCGAACGUUUAUUGGCGAGACUCAGAACCACGUUCAAUGAAAACGAGGCAAAUGUUGCGGUGUUCAAGCAAGAGGCGGAAAUGUUAGCGACACUUACAUGGAAUGAAGGAGUAAGAUCUAUCAUCAAGGGCUCUAAAAAUGUGGGAGCAGACUGGUGUCAGAUCUCCAUUGAUUUUGCAAGAUUUGUGAAUGAAGCAUUAGAAAGCCACUUGAAAUCUCUAUGGAAGUCUCUCGCCUCUUCAGCUGAUAUGGAGGAUCGAGAGGAUCGCAUCCAUGACUACAGUCAGGACGCAUGA